CUUGACACCCCCGCCAUGGCGGUGACCGGCCCCCCGGGCCCCCCCGGCGGUGACGGGCCGCGGCGGGGCGGCGCCAGGCCCGGCGGGAGCGGAGCGGAGCCGCGGGCCCCGCCGCGGGCCGCCGCUCGCUGCUGCGCCUUUAACGCGGCGGCGGCCGCCGCCUCCCCAAGCUCCGGGCCCGGCGGCGGCGGCGGCGCAGCAGCGAAGAUGGCGGAGUCCGGCGGGGCCGAGUUCGCCGCGGAGCGGCCCAGCAGCAUGGCUGACAAGAACAGCACCCUGAAAUGCACGUUCUCUGCUCCUGGCCACAGCACCACUCUGCUGCAGGGACUGGCCUCGCUCCGAGCUCAGGCUCAGCUGCUUGAUGUCAUCCUCACUAUAAAUAAUGAAGUGUUUCAGGUUCAUAAAGUUGUCUUGGCUGCCUGCAGUGACUAUUUCAGGGCGAUGUUCACGGGAGGGAUGAGAGAAGCCAGCCAAGAUGUGAUUGAACUGAAAGGUGUAUCUGCGAAAGGACUGAAACACAUAAUAGACUUUGCUUACAGUGCUGAAGUGACUCUUGAUCUCGACUGUAUUCAGGAUGUGCUGGGAGCUGCUGUCUUCCUCCAGAUGGUGCCUGUCGUGGAGCUCUGUGAGGAGUUCCUCAAGUCUGCCAUGAGUGUUGAAACGUGUCUUAAUAUCGGGCAGAUGGCCACCACCUUCAGCCUUGCAUCCUUGAAGGAGUCGGUAGAUGCGUUCACCUUUAGGCAUUUCCUCCAGAUCUCUGAGGAAGAGGACUUCCUCCACCUGCCGCUGGAGCGCCUUGUUUUCUUCUUGCAGAGCAAUAAGCUGAAAAGCUGCAGUGAAAUAGAUCUCUUCCGCGCUGCCGUCCGCUGGCUGCAGUACGACCCAACGCGCCGCGCCAGCGCCAGCCAGGUGCUCUGCCACAUCCGCUUCCCGCUCAUGAAGUCCUCUGAACUGGUGGACAGCGUCCAGACCUUGGACAUAAUGGUGGAAGAUGUUUUAUGCCGGCAGUAUUUGCUGGAGGCCUUCAAUUACCAGAUCCUGCCCUUUCGCCAGCACGAGAUGCAGUCGCCUCGCACCACCAUCCGCUCGGAUGUCCUGUCCCUCGUCACCUUCGGCGGCACUCCCUACACCGACAACGACCGCACCGUGAGCUGCAAGGUGUACUACCUGCCCGACGCCAGCGCGCGCCAGUUCAAGGAGCUGACGGAGAUGGAGGUGGGCAGCAGCCACUCCUGCGUGGCCGUGCUCGACAACUUCGUCUACAUCGUGGGAGGGCAGCACCUGCAGUACCGGAGCGGCGAGGGGGCUGUCGAUAUCUGCUACCGCUACGACCCGCACCUGAACCAGUGGCUGCGCAUCCAGGCCAUGCAGGAGAGCAGGAUUCAGUUCCAGCUGAACGUCCUGCACGGCAUGGUGUACGCCACCGGCGGCAGGAACCGCUCCGGCAGCUUGGCCUCGGUCGAGAAGUAUUGCCCCAAAAGCAACGAGUGGACUUACGUGUGCUCCCUGAAACGCAGGACGUGGGGGCACGCGGGAGCCACGGUGGGAGACAAGCUGUACAUAUCAGGUGGGUACGGGAUAUCGGUGGAAGACAAAAAAGCCCUGCACUGCUACGACCCGGCGGCGGACCAGUGGGAGUUUAAAACCCCGAUGAACGAGCCCAGAGUUCUGCAUGCCAUGGUCAGUGCAAACAGCAGGAUUUACGCUCUGGGGGGCCGCAUGGACCACGUGGACCGUUGCUUCGAUGUUUUGGCUGUGGAGUACUAUGUGCCUGAAACGGACCAGUGGACAACCGUGAGCCCCAUGCGCGCGGGUCAGUCGGAAGCUGGGUGUUGUUUACUAGAGAAAAAGAUUUAUAUUGUAGGAGGGUACAACUGGCAUCUGAACAACGUCACAAGCAUUGUGCAGGUGUACAACACAGAAACUGAUGAGUGGGAAAGGGACCUGCAUUUCCCAGAAUCUUUUGCUGGCAUAGCGUGUGCUCCCGUGAUCCUGCCGCAGGUGACGACCCAGAGGUAGCCACGUGCGACCGCGCCGGCCUGCGGAAUCGCCUCGUGUUGCAUGUGAUCGGGAUGCCGUGUUGUUCCCUCGUUGUUUGCAAAUGGUAUUGUGCAUUUUGUGGGUGAGGGAAGGAGAAAAAUAGCUUGCGUUCCCUCCUCCACGAAGUCCCUCCUCCUCUCUAGUGCUCUGGCAAGCGCGUUCCAGCAGAAGCACUUGUCAGCUAGUUAGACUUAACAGAUGUUACAGCUGGAAAAAGCUUUUUUAAUUUUUUUUCAUGGGGGGAGUGAAUUUUGCCAACUUUCCAUCUUUUUAACAAUGUCAAGCUUGACAGCUCAGGAGUAAUUCAGUACUGUGGUAUGUUUAAAAGAGUUCAGAUGUGAUUUUCCUUUUUUUUUAUUAAUAAUUCCAAGAAUCAUUGUAUGUCAAUUUUUUUUUUUUUUGAACAAACAAAAACCAAAAUCUGUAUAACAUACUGACCUCCAGAAGCAAUAAAGGGACAAUGGGAGCUAGAAGAGCUCAGGUGCUUGGUUUAUGCUUUCCAAAGGUGUGUUUCUUUUUUUUUUUUUCUUUUUCUUCCCCCCCCCCCCCCCACCUUUUUUGCCUGAAAGGGGAAUACUUUUCCCUGCACAUCCCUGGUCUGUGUUGAUUCUUUGCUGUUUGGAUCUGCAGUUUCAGAUCACUUCCUCACCCCUUCCAGGUAGUAGCAUGAUAUUCUAGUCUAGAAAUUCUCCCUUGAUUGGGACACCCAAAGUUUGCAACACUAAAGCCAUGUUGAUAGCUUGAUUACAUGUAAACGGGCAUGAUUUUUAUAACUGCCAAUCAUUUGCUUGGCUUCACUGGCAAUAAGAGCUCUGCGGCUGUUCAUCUGUGCUGAAGCGACCACCUGGAGUUUGUCGUUCACCUAUAUGGAUCCAUCCAAACUUUGUUCAUACAGCAAAGGAGGUGGGUGCUACUUGUCCAAGUGCUUGAAGGUUUUUCUUCCUUGACCUGUAAAUAAAAUAGUUGGUAUCAUGACAUGGUGGAAGUCUAAGUGGAAUGGUUUCUGUUGCCACCGAGUACUUUAAAUUAGCAGAGAUUUGUUCUAAGACGGCUUUGUCGGGUUUAGUAUUCUGUGUGCUAAACACACAUUUUACGAUACUUCUUGAACUUUCUUCCAGGUCAUUUUUCUAAUUAAUUUAACUGAUUAAUGAAUUGAAAGUUUCUCCUUUUUAUCAGGUAUUCUGUUUCAAGGGCUUUGUUUUGUAUAAGUUUGAUUUUGAUGUAUGCAGCCUCCUUUUCAGAGAAACUGUUGCAUUCUGCUGUUAAAUAAAUACUGUGCUGUAACCUUUAGAGACAAUAUGUAAUGUCUGUUUUGCUAAUGAAUCAUUGAUCAGGUCUAUUUAAAGCAUGAACUCCAUACCUCAGAUUCACUUAAAGAUAUUUUUCUCUGGUAAUUGAAUCAAAGUACCUUUGUAUAUGAUGGAGUGAGGACACGUGCUUCUCAGUUAAGCCUGGCGUCUAAAUUUUACUUAAAAGGAUACAUAGUUUUAUCUGUGUUUCUCUCUACUUGCUGGUUUGCCAAUAAUAAAUUAAUGAAAAGUACUUGUUGUUGGAUAGUGUGCUAAAGCCAGUGGGCAAGCUCCGCUUGCUGGCUCUUCGGCAGUUAAUUUACUCCAUUCUCUGUUCAUUUGGUCUGGCAUGGAAGCUAGAAACGCUGCAAAACAGCCUUGGCAGAUAACAAACGCAUUUUGAAAGGAAGAAUGUAACUCAAUACAGGCUUCAAAGCUGCAGAAUAAUGGAUUUUUUUUUUAAUUUAAAUGCUUGCUUAUGUUUAUGAAAGGAGUGCUUUUUUAGGGGAGUAGCAAAUGGAAGGUUACUUGCUUUCCUGUUUGCAGAAGAUGAUUCAGCUUCGUGUGAGUGUGCCAUUCCCCCAUCAUUGCCUCUCUAAAAUACUUCAGUAUGCUUCCCUAUUUUAUUUAAAUCUUCCUACCGAUAGUAUUUCUGUGGCAGCAAUUGAUGGUUUGGGAUCUUCUCUAACAGCCGAGAUGUUCUGAAUGUGCAGCCUUAGCACUCAAAAGCCAUUCUGACCCACGCCGUGACCGUGGUUAGCAUCUCUUUGUAAGGAAACUCUUUUAAUUUUCACUUCAAGCUUCUAAGGGAUUUGUUUCUGUGUGUGUGUUUGGGGGGGGGGGAUUGUGAAGGGGAGAAGAGAAAAAAAUCCUUGAAAAAUUAAGUAUGUUUGGUCUUACUUUUCAUGUCAACCUUGCAAAACCAGACUUAACCUCUGUGUUGGUUCCUGUUGGAACGGCGGCUGUGUAGACGGGAGGAUUCACAAAGCCAUUCUGUAAUCGUGGUUUAAUAAACGCACCAGCCGCUGCCUGCGACGCGGUGCAUGAGCCGGUACCUGCGCUCCCGUCCCCUGCCGCGGUGGGACGGGUGCUGGGAAAGGCUUCCAGACUCUCGCUGAGACUUGUGACAGAGCACUGCUGUGCACCAUCUCUUUGUUAAAGGAAUGUGCUUUUUAUAGAAAUAUAAAUAAUUAUUUUUCAUAAUGUUAGCUAGAAAUAUUCUAGCUGUUCUUAAUUUAGCAGAGACUGGCUAAAAUAUUUGUGAAAGUGCAUGUCAUCCCUAUUGACAAUAAAGUUUUACCCCUGUGAAGUA